AUGUACAACAAAAUUGGAUUAAAACCAACAGAAACCAGCAAAGCAAGUAGUGAGCAGCAUCUGUGCUUUGCUUCUUGGCUACCUUCUUCCAGAGGCUCGCCAAGGCGGCGCCGAUCGCCUUCAACAGCUCGUUUCGAGGCCAAUCGAAGUCCAGCUUUCGCGUUCCCUUCGGAGCAGUCGCAGCCGUCUCCGGCGGAAUCUCCUAUCUCUGCUACUAUUCCUCGCCGGAUUUGGCCAGGGCUUUUGCUAGAAUGGCAUAGUAUAUCACAAUUUUGUGGACAUUGUGGAGAAAAAACAGUCCCCAAGGAAGCUUGGAGGCGGAAGCAGUGUUCGAGUGGGCUGUGCAGAAAGCGGGUCUACCCUCGUGUUGAUCCGGUUGUCAUAAUGUUAGUCAUUGAUAGAGAGAACGACCGUGCUCUAUUGAGUAGACAAUCUCGAUUUGUACCUCGAAUGUGGAGUUGCUUAGCUGGUUUUAUAGAGCCAGGGGAAAGCUUAGAAGAAGCAGUGAGGAGAGAAACAUGGGAAGAGACUGGUAUUGAAGUAGGAGAAGUUGUCUAUCAUAGCUCUCAGCCAUGGCCUGUUGGACCAAAUAGCAUGCCAGGUCAGUUGAUGGUUGGGUUCUUUGCAUACGCAAAAUCACUCGAAAUAAAUGUGGACGGGGAAGAGUUGGACGACAUUAUGAAACGAAGGGAAAUAUGGCAAUGACACGAAGAUUAUGUACAUUUUAUUUAGCCAUGUUGCUACGAUCUCUUAUCCACCGUUGCUUGUAGCCUUUGCCCAUUUUAUUGUCGACCUAGCCAAAGCGUCCAUGGGGUUG